AUGCCGCAACCAACUCGCAAAAGGGCGCGUACCAGGGCCGCUCCCAAGGACGAUGCGGUUGAGGAGCAACAGUCUACCGUCUUCACGGACCGCCGCACCUCUUGGCUUGUUAAGGGUGACGAGCAGAUGGUGGAGCUCAGAGUGAAAACGGAGACUUUUCAUGUCGCCAGAAGUGUGCUCACCAAGAACUCGGAGUACUUCGAAGGAUGCCUAGCUGGACGCUUCGUCGAGGCUAAGAAAGGGGUCGUGGAAUUCGACGAUGACGAGAUUGAACCGAGAUAUCUCGGCCUUUACAUUGGGCUUGCGUACAGUCACUCUUCCAUCGUCCCUCACACGCCUCCUCGUCCGGCCCAGAAUCCUGAGGCCAUGGCCGCGAAGACCCCUAUGCGUGACUAUAUCGAGGUCUACAAGCUUUGCGAUCGCUUCAUCAGCCCAGAAAUGGGCGAUUUCAUUAUGCGAUGCACCGAUGUCGCAAUCGGCAACGGGCAUCGCGCUCUCUACCGGACCGAGGGCGACGAAGGGACGCAAAAACUUCUUAUGCGAGACUUCGCCGACGGAUACGAGGUGCUGAACAUGCAGCAGAACGCACAGGUCGAGAUGGGUGGGCGGAUGAUCACCUACUUUUGCGAAGGUGUCAGCUAUCGUGCAUGGAUCGAUACCAUGGAGGAGCUGAUGGAUCGACCUAAGUUUGUAGCUGCCGUUUCCCGCGGCUUUGCAACCAAACUUCGAGAGCUGCAGAUCCGGCUAAAAAGCAUCAAGCGCCGGGAGUUAGUCGGCCCUGGACCUGUCUAG